AUGACCAGCACACCCAACGGCUCCAACGGCUCCAACGGCCGUCUGAAGCCAUCUGGUCUUCCCCCAGCCAUGCGUGACGCUAAAAAUUGGGAAGACGAGGAUAAGCUUUCCGACUACAUCCCCGACUCUGUCGAUCUCAGCCGUGCUCCCACCGCCUCGGCCUCAGUCUCACGAGCACAGACCCCACCCAACAACCCCAAGAAAACCGAUGCUGAUUCCGAUGACCAAGAUGCCGACCCACUCGAUGAUGACGGUGACGUUUCCAUGUCUUCUCCCUCCAAAACAGCGCGUCAGCUCGAAAAGGAGCGCGAGAAAAACGAGCGUGCUGCUGCACGUCAGCAGGAGAGAGCUGUCAAAGCCGCACAGAACGAAACUCUCGCUAGCACGCGUGAGGAGAUGGCCAAAUCCAAGCUCGCCGAUAGCAUGAAGCGUUUCUCUUACCUCCUCGGUCAGACGGAGCUGUUCCAGCAUUUCAUCGAUAUCAAAAAGGAACGCGAUGAAGAAUUUGCCAAGAUGCUGGAUGAGUCGCAGCAAGCCAGCUCUAAGAAGGCGAACAAGGGCGCGGACAACCGUCGCCGAAAGACCGAGAAGGAGGAAGAUGAGGAGUUGCUCAAGCAAGGUGGAGAUGAGCAAGAGGCUUUCGUGUUUAACGAAUCGCCUUCCUAUGUCAAGGGUGGUACCAUGCGAGACUACCAGAUUCAAGGUCUGAACUGGAUGAUCUCGCUCUACCAUAACGGUAUUAAUGGUAUCCUAGCCGAUGAAAUGGGGUUGGGCAAGACGCUUCAAACCAUCUCCUUCCUUGGAUACUUGCGCGACUUGCGCGACACUCCCGGGUUCCACUUGGUCGUAGUACCCAAAUCGACCCUCGACAACUGGUAUCGAGAAUUCCAACGCUGGGUUCCCGGCUUCAACGUCGUCACUCUCAAAGGCGCAAAAGAAGAACGCGGACAAGUCAUCCAAAACCACCUCUUGUCUGGAGACUUUGACGUUCUCAUCACCACCUACGAGAUGUGUCUUCGCGAGAAAAGCGCACUCAAGAAACUCUCCUGGGAGUACAUCGUGAUUGAUGAGGCGCAUCGUAUCAAGAACGUCGAUUCGAUCCUGUCGCAGAUCGUACGAGCUUUCAACUCCCGUUCGCGUCUGCUCAUCACAGGUACGCCACUGCAGAAUAAUUUGAUGGAGUUGUGGUCGUUGCUCAACUUUUUGUUGCCGGAUGUGUUUAGCAAUUCGGAAGACUUCGAGACUUGGUUUAAGGGUAAAGGGGAUGAGAAUCAGGAUCAGGUGGUUCAGCAGUUGCACAAGGUGCUCAGACCGUUCUUGUUGCGAAGGGUCAAGGCGGAUGUGGAGAAAUCACUUUUGCCCAAGAAGGAGAUCAACAUUUUCGUAGGCUUGACGGAUAUGCAGCGUAGAUGGUACAAAAGUAUCCUCGAGAAGGAUAUCGAUGCAGUCAACGGUGGUGUUGGGAGGAAGCAAGGCAAGACGAGAUUAUUGAACAUUGUUAUGCAGUUGAGGAAAUGUUGUAACCAUCCGUAUUUGUUCGAUGGAGCAGAACCUGGACCGCCUUUUACUACGGAUGAGCAUCUGGUGGAUAAUUCGGGUAAGAUGGUGAUUUUGGACAGGUUGUUGCGCAAGAUGAAAGAGAAGGGUUCCAGGGUUUUGAUUUUCAGUCAGAUGAGUAGGAUGUUGGAUAUCCUCGAAGACUACUGUCUAUUCAGAGAGUAUCAAUAUUGUCGAAUUGACGGAGGCACUGCACACGAGGAUAGGAUUGCGGCUAUCGACGAUUACAACCAACCCGAUAGCGAAAAAUUCAUCUUCCUCCUAACAACCCGUGCUGGUGGUCUCGGAAUCAACCUCACAACCGCCGACAUUGUCGUCCUCUUCGACUCGGAUUGGAACCCGCAAGCCGAUCUCCAAGCCAUGGACCGAGCCCACCGCAUCGGCCAAACCAAACAAGUCUACGUCUUCCGUUUCGUCACCGAACACGCCAUUGAAGAACGAAUCCUCGAUCGAGCUGCCCAGAAACUCCGCUUGGAUCAACUCGUAAUCCAACAAGGUCGUGCCCAACAAGCGGCCAAAUCCGCCCAAUCGAAAGAAGAUCUUGUGGACAUGAUCCAACACGGAGCCGAAAAGAUUAUUUCCUCGAAAGAGGACAUGUCGAUCAACGACGAUAUCGAUGCGAUCAUCAGCAAGGGUGAGGAGCGGACGCAGGCGAUUCAGGCGAAAUAUCAAGGGUUGAAUCUGGACGAUUUGAACAACUUUAAGAGCGAUACGGUUUACAAUUGGGAAGGGAACGAUUUUUCGGAGAGGAAACCGAUCGGACAGUUGUGGAUCGAACCGAGUAAGAGGGAGAGGAAGGCGAAUUAUAGUAUUGAUAACUACUAUAGAGAUGCGAUGAGGGUGGGUCCGAAACCGGCGGUGGCGAGGGCUCCAAGGGCGCCUAAGCAGAUUAAUAUCAAUGAUUUCCAGUUCUAUCCGGAGAGAUUGACGGAACUGCAGGAGAGAGAAACUGCCGCUUAUCAGCGAUCCAUCGGCUACAAGGUUCCAAGUAGGGAGCCGGGAGAGGGGGAGACGAGCGAAGAGGUGGAAGAGGAGAGGAAGAGGGAGCAAGAAUUCAUCGAUACUGCAGAAGCAUUGACGGAGGAGCAAGUGGAAGAGAAGGAGCACCUAGCGCAACAAGGGUUUGCAAAUUGGAACCGACGUGAAUUCCAGAUCUUUGUUCGAGGUUGUGAGAGGUACGGAAGGAAAGCGUUUGCACUUAUUGCUGCGGACAUGCCCGAUGCGUCUAAGACGGAGAAACAAGUUCGGGAGUACAGCAAAGUCUUCUGGGACAGAAUCGACGAGUUGGCCGAUAGCGCCAAGUUGAUCGCUCGAAUCGAAGAAGGAGAACAAAAACUGGCCAAACAACAACAUCAAGAACAGAUCAUUCGGCGCAAAGUCUCUUCAUACCGUCAACCUCUGCUUCAGCUGAAAUUGCAUUACGGCCAGAACAAAGGCAGAUCCUACAGCGAGGAGGAGGAUAGGUUUUUGCUGGUAAAAUUAGCCGAAUAUGGCUUAGGAGAGGGAGAUACGUAUGACAGGAUCAAGAAGGAUGUUAUGGUGUAUCCCGGGUUUAGGUUCGAUUGGUUCAUAAAGAGUAGAACUCCGCAGGAGUUGGGAAGAAGGUGUAACACGCUGACAUUGUUGGUCUUGAAGGAGGAGGAAGAGGAGAAGGCCGCGAAUGGAAAAGGUGGUGGAGGAGGCAAGAGGAAGGCGUUGGAUACAGGUAGUAAUGCUGGUAGUAGUCGAGCGGGCACUCCGGCUGUCGGUGCGGCUGGUGGAGCGGGCAAGAAGAAGAAGAAGUGA